AUGUUGGCUGGUACCCCCCACCUGCUGACACUGGAUGAAGCUGAUGCCACCUGGACCCUCAUCAAGGAUAAGGUCAUCGAGGAGCGCUUUGGGUCCAAAAUCGUGGCAGUACCUUUCCUCUCGGAUGCACCCUGCUAUGACCUACUGGGUGUGCUAGUGAAACAGGCACGCCUAGCCCACACCCGCCUAGCUUUGCCAGGUCGACAGGGCCGGAGGGCACUGAAACCAGUGGGGCCACUACCAAACCUCCUGGAGCAGUCAGGGUCUGAUGGUGCCUUUGCCCACUGCACUCGAGAAUACUCACCAAAUGGCCAAGCAGAGAUAGCCUAUGAAGAGAUGCGACUGUUGGAUGGUCAGCCCUGCCGGAUCUGCCUACAUAUGGGUGGUCUGCGCAAGAAGGUAGCCUUCCUGUUGCUGCCACCAGGGCAGGUGAGCCUACAGCAGACUCUUCCCUGGCUCCGAAGCACCCACAGCAUCUACGUCAUCUACCAGGUCUUCUCCUGCUCCUGGCUGCAGCUGGAGCUGUUGCCUACAGCCCGUGAGCCUCAGCUGCUCCGAUUACAGCGGUCGUUGCCUGUUGCUUUCUCCUGCCUCAAGUUUUCACUGCAGCCCAAGGGUGUAGUAGGACCACAGAAGCCUCUAACCAAGGACCCAUUGCCCCAUGGGGUCAACUGGGUCAGACCCAACCUCAGCAUCGUGCCACCUCUGGACCCCACAUCAGAACCUGCCAAUGGCCCCGAAGUUGCUGAUGUGCCCCCACCUGUCCCAGCCCCAGCUACGCCACCUCCACAGGAAGGGCCAGACGGUAGACCCACCAGAUUCUCCUACAAGGGCCGAAACCCCUUCCGGAGGGGGCCCCGGAUGCUGUCAGAGAACUGGCUCUUCAGUCCCCGCAGCCCCCCACCAGGAUCCCAGGGUGGGGACCCCGGGGAGCCCGACCGGCACUCCAUGUCCCUGCCCCUGCUGCAGGGUCUGUCCUCGGAGUUCGACAGCGACAACUGA